GUGAGCUGAAGAUGCCUGCAGCCUUCAUCCCAUCCUCAUCGGUAAGGCCACACGAUAGAUAUCCCAAUGAAGAAUGCAUGAGCCAGUGGCAUCGCUGAGGCAGCCAGAGAGAGAUCACACAGGCAGGCAGCCAGGAGGCAAUACAGCAGCGACAAACACACAUGGCUCACCCCCCUGGAUGGAUGCGUGUCACUCCUCUGUCAGGUUUGACGAGAGGCUUAGGCUGUACAGACGGCUGGCGGCAGCGCUGACGCCAUCGGGCCUCUUCUCUUGACGAUAUGUCAUUUGCAGCUGCGUGGAGGCUGCCGACAAUCACCUGACGAGUGAGAAACGAAGAACACAGACACACACAGGAUGGAUCGAUGGAUGGAUGGAUGGUCGCUUCUUCUGCUCUGCAGGCACGAUUAGCCCGACUGAGGAAGAGUGCAAGAACUUAAUUGUACAGGUGGUUGAUCGUGUCAUCCCGAUGGAUCUAGAGAGCGCUGGCGGCCCGGCCUCACCCACAGGUGACAACACAUGCACCUGUAAAGCACCUCUGUCAUGGCGGCCGGUGCUGGCGUGUCUGAUGAUCUGCUGCAGAGGGGCGGGGUGGACGGCAGGAUCGCGAUGAUAGCUUGAGUGAUGUCAUAGAUAAGAUCCAUUCGGUUGGAGAAGGAGAGGGUCACGGAGGGCGACUGACUCGCUGCCCCACAUGCUGCAGUAUUUGGUUGCUCUGCUGUGUGCAGGUGGCCUCUCAGAUCGCCUCGACCGCGGAGGCGGCCAAGCUCAAGAUACCAGAUGCCCAUAAGACUGUACAGGUCAGUCAGCACAACCACACGAAUGCAGCCAUACGGCGACAGUCAGCUGUGUGUGCUGUUUGCAGGCCUGUGCAUCGCUGGCCGGCCGUUUGUCUGGUGUGGUGGAGACCCUCACCGACGCGCACUCGACGCUCAGCAAUGAACUCGCCCAGAUCCCCCCCAACACCCAAAACAACGAGGUGCGGACGGACUGACGAAUAGAAGGCGCACCAGAGCCAACAUCUCUCCGUGUGUCUGUGCGUGUGUCCAUCAUCAGCGCACAGACGGUGACGGCAGGUUGGUUCGGUGGCUGUACAACAUCCACGAUGAGGCCAGCAAGGCAGCGUACCUCAGCAAAGCGGUAUACACACACAUGAAUGCAAUUCAAGUACUGAUGGACCGCCUCACGUGGUCAUUCAGGUGUCUGCUGGUGACGGGAAGGGCUCACAAGUGGGAGCCAGCCCGGCUGCCGCUGCCGCCGCGAGUAGUGGAGGUGCCACCUGCAAGCCAAAACCAACACAUUCGCCUCAUUCCUGCUGCUGCAUGUGUGGAGGAUUCUCGGAGGAUUCUUCUUUUCUGCCGUCUUACCGAACGCAUCGAAAGUAUCUGCUGCAGAAGGUCACGAGAGCUCCCACGGCCAUCAUCUGCACUCUGCCCAUCCAUCUGUCCCACUCUGAUGUGAGCGUCUGUGUGGGCGCCGAGCAAUCGCACAAGCGCUGGACAGCAUUUGAUGCGUUCAAUCAGCGAUGUGGACAGCUGAGACCCGGUUAGUGGGUGAGUGACAGCAGAACACAAAACGACACUCUUGCCCAUCAAUUCGCCUCAUUUGUUUGUCUGUGUGUGUGUGUGUGUGUGUUUGUGUUUUUGUGCUGCACACGUGUGUGUCAGUCAGAUUGGUUCCGCUCUGCCUGCUGGGCACUGGCCACAUCGCGUGGCGAGGUGGACAGACAUUGCCAAUUAAGGUAAGGUGCCUGGCUGGCUGGCUGGCUCGCUGAUGGAUGGAUGGACAGAUGGAUGGAUGGCACCGAGCGACUGACAACCCACCCGCUGGCAGUACGUCGUAUCAAAUGCACGCAGGGAGGGAGGGAGGGAGGAAGGGAGGCCUGUUCGCCGCUUCUAUCCCUUUCCUUUCAGGUUGACGCGCCUGUCUGUCUGUCUGUCUGUCUGUCUGUGGCGGCGGCGAGUGAGCGGCGAGGUGACUUAUUCAUCCAGACAGCGCAGCAAAGCUGAGUGACAGCGAGGAGUCUGCGCAUACAGUGUCGUGGAUCCAAUCCAGGCAGGGCUGCCGGUGCGGCGUCAGAGAGAGGCCAUCGAGGCACAAACAAAACGACGCCAGACGAAACGAGGAGGCGGAGGCGCACAGACAGUUGAGGUACGCCCACCACCUGCCACAGAGGGGACAAUCGCCUUCGCCUGCAUCGAUCUGCAUCUCUUGCUUUCAUCAGAAUUGCCGCACAGUGGCGAUCCCACCGCCAGUCCCCCUCGUCCAGCGGCAGUUCGUCGUCCAGAGACACACACGCAGACGGGCACACACUCGUUUGGAUCAAUCGAUGCUCAGGUGUCUGUUAGUGACGGGAAGCGCGCACGCGUGGCCGCCAGCCCAGCUUCUAGGUACAUAUGACAUCAACCUCCCUGAAAACGUGACGACGGCUGGUUGGUGUCGUUUUCAGGUGGUUCGACUGGCGCACGUGAUGGUGCGGCAGUAGAACAACAGCGGAGGGGCAGCUCAAUUGCGUCCCUGCCGUAUUUCUCUGUGUCUAUGUGCGUGCCAGGGGUAUAGCCGUCUGUGUCUGCCGGCCUUGCCCGAAGGCGUCGCGGGCCACAUGGGGCCGUUUGAUUUGACCACCAUGACGGCCGUUCGCCUGACGCGCGUCAACGAAGAUCAGCAGGGAGCGCCAGCCCACCGACGAGACUUUGGCCUGUUCUGGCGCUUCGCUGUGACGCAAGACGCGCAUGUGAUGGAUGGAUGGAUGGAUGGGCGGGCGGGUGUGUGCAUGUCAGACAGACGCACCCACAUCCAUCGAUGACCUCUCUCUCUGCCGCUUGUGUGUGUGUGUGUUUUUUUAUGUGAACCGUAUCAGUCAUCACAGUGUAGUGCAGGACAAGUAGGUCUUCAAUAGAUAGGCUUUUGUGCAUGCACUCAAAAAUGCGUCUAUGUGUGUACUCACUCGUCCGUCGCAAUGCAGUGACGCUGCUGCCUCC